GAGUCCAGCAGCUUGCGAAGGAGAGACCACGAGAAAAACAUCACAGAGGCUUUCCUGACGCGUCCACACUGAGGGACCACGCGGUGAACUGGUCUCCCUCCACACUGGGGCAGUAACUCAGCUGAAGGAAACGUCCACGACCUGUUUGACACCAUGUUGAAAAAACUUCAGAGGGACAAGGACAAGGCGUUUAAGCAUAUAGCCCCUGGUUUGAUCCCUGCUGCCUCUAUUGCUCCUAAACCUGCUGUGCCUCGUACCCCACCCCCCCGCAGUCCAGAUCCCUCACCUGAGAGACCCAGAUCAGCUUUAGCUGCAGCCAUCUUGUCUUCUUCGCUCACUGGACAGACCUGGGCCAUCCCUCUUGCUGGACCAAGGACUUUCUCAGAGAGUGACCAUUCAGAGUCUUUCAUAUCUGAACCACACAUCAGCACAGCAAUUUACACCAGGGACAGAUGGUCAGAGACAGAUUUGCCUGUUAGGCGACACUUGUUCUCCUCCGACCACUCAGACAGGGAGCUGGAAGACAAGGAAGAGGAAGAGCAAGAGGAAGAGGAGGAGGAGGAGGAGGAGGAGGGGGAGGAGGAUGAAGAGGACAGAGAGGACCAUAUCUACCAAACACUUAAUAGAGGGGACAUUUUGUCACUCACAGAACCUGUUUAUGCUGUGCCACUAAAACCAAAGACCAGAAAGUCUCAGUCGGCUCAGGUGUCUGGCAGACGACUGCCUGCUCCAGUUUUCACUGAGCAAACCAGUGUCCAGUCUCCUGAGGCCAGCUGUGAUUCCUCCAAGAAGAAAAUCAGGAAGAGCUCCUGCAGACAGAAAGAAGAUGAACAGACUGUGCCACCCAUCCCAACCACUGACCUCCCCAGCCAAGCCAAAAGCCCAAAACACCCCACCCAGCCAUCUCCGGAGCCCAGCAAGGAACACAGAGGGGUUAAGAUCGAUGCAGCACGAGCCCUGCCAAAGGGAGCGAGAGUGGCAGAUGAACAAAAGCUAAUGGAGAAGAGACUGCUACGCCUGGAACACCAGAUCUGUCACAGCCGAGCCUCCUCAACCCUGAGGUCAUCUGCAGGCAGUCAGGCAGAGCUGCAGAAUUUGAGGCAACAUGCUCAGGAGCUGGUGGAUGAAAAUGAUGCUCUCAAACUGACAGUUCACCGUCUGAAUGUGGAGCUGAGCCGCUACCAAACCCGCUUCAGACCGCUGUCCAAACAGGAGAGCUCCGAAAUCAGUGGCUUACCAAAGACAGGCUCCCCUCCUCCCUGGCUGCGCGACAUUAAGUAUUUGUCUCCUCUACUGCUGGCAUACGAAGACAGGAUGAACGAGAAAGAUGCACUUCUGCAAACCACAGAGGAAGAGGUAAAGAGGUUGCGUGUUCAUGUUGAGGAGGUGAUCAAAGAAAAUGAGAAACUCCAUGAUGAAAUUGCAAAGAUCGGAGAGGUCAGCCAGAAGGACUGUCAUCAGCUACAGCAAAAGGCCUUUUCGGUGCUACAAGAGAACCAGGUUUUGAUUGAUCAGCUCGAGGCGCAGCGUGUUAAGGCCAAGGCCAACCACAGCAGACACCACUCGGAAGUGUCCAAGGUGUCUAAGCAGCUGAUGAUGUUGGAGGCAGAAAAUCAGCGUUCUCAGGAGGAACUGGAAGAGAGCCGGAGGGAGGUGCAGAAAAAUACAAGGCAGGUCCAAGUCCUGCAGGCCCGCCUGAAGGAUGCUGUCACCUGGGACGAACACUGCAGCAUUGCUGGGAAACUGAGAGGGCAGCUGGAGCAGCAGGAGAACAGCAGCAAGAGCACGAUGGACGAGCUGCUUCUGCGCGUGUCCAGUCUGCAGGAAGAGAGCAGGAGACUGGCUCUGGACAAAGCCAACUUGGGCGCUGAUAUAAAGAGGAAUGAGGCUGAGCUGGAGCUCUGCAGACAAGAGAACAGGAAGGCUGGGCGGAGGAUAUGUGUAUUGAAACUGCAAAAGGAAGAGUGUGUUUUAAAGGCGGAACAGACUCUGCAGUAUCUCGGAGCUGUCUUGACUCUGGCGGACCACAUUUCCAAGGAGAGGGACCAACUACAACACAUGGCUUCAGAUCUUCAACAGGAAAAGCAGCACUUCAUCAGCAGAAUUCUGAAUGGCACAGUUCGAUUUGGAAAACUGCGGGAAGAAGUCAAAGUAUACCGGAGGCAGGCGUCAAGCAGACUGGCAGCGUUGGAAGAGGCAGCAGAGGGGAGGACGGCGUCUCACCAGAGGGAGAUUCUUCACCUGCAAAGGCUGCUGAGCGAAAGACAGGAGGCUGAGGAGAGACUGCUGCAGUCCAAACGAGAAGUCGAGGAGGAGCUGGAGGUGGUGUGGGAGGCAGCAAUCAGGGAAAACCAGCAGAUGAAGGAGACUCUCUUGGACUCGAGACUCACCGAGGACAUCCACGGUUUGCUUGUUUCCACCAUAGCCUCUCCUGUCUGGCCUCCUCCAGCUGCAGCUGAGAACACCUCUCCCACCCGCUGUCAACCUCACAGUUUUGGGCCCCCCCUCUUAUCGUCUGACCGAAGCCCCGCGCUCCAGAGAAGGUCUGUAUUCAGAUCUGACUCGGACCACCCAAACGACUCCAUAGAUGAAAAGCUCAAGCAUGGGCUGGAUUUCUAUUGCUAAAACUGUUUGGAGGUGUCUCUGUUCGCUCAUAUGAAUUUUGACUAUAGACCAGCGUCAACAUGUUAACUCACAAUAGAACAUUCACCAUGUCAGCUUGAAUUUGCUUCAAAGUGAAAACCAAUGUCAAGUUGCACAAUGUCCGGAAAAUUCACAAGUGGGCUUUUGCUCUCUGUGCUGGAAACCAUUCACUCAACACGUCAAGUGAAAACUGUGAACAGAGGAAAAAUAAAAACUAUCAAACAUUGAAAGAAUUAAAUAGAAAAUGAAAAUUAUUCAAUAUUACAGCUAAGGGUUGAUAGUUUGGCCAAAAUAUACCAGACAUUGGUGGAUAGGCAGUUUGAUGUUCAAAGAUUUGUACAUGUUUUAAGUUUUUACUCUUCAUAUCAUUUGUUCUUUUUGAAUUGGCCUCAGGAUAUAUAGUUUCUGCCAAGAAUAUGAGAUGAGUGCCAAGUCAGAAAAAUUAUCUGCACCAGGCUGAAGCCAAAUGAACACAGACAAUGUUACCAUCUGCUGGACACAUACGGUACUAUCCUGAUCUAUAUCUUUAUGAAUAUUUGGAUCCCUGGAAAUAAAACUGAUAGUUUUGAUGGUAUUUUCAAAGGAGUUUCACAUUAAUGUGUUAAGGUUAAUAAAGCGUUUAAAUGUACACACAUAUCUACAUGCCUUUCCUAAAUGUCACAUUUUUUAUUAUUAUUAAUAUUACUAUCACUAUUGACAAUCAUAUCUUGAGGCAUAGUUGUACUUUACUGUCAUUGUGUUACAAUAACUUUUUGCUACAUUACAACAUAAGGUAAAACUGAAACCAGUGGCUUAGUAUUGUGCAGAGGUAAAGACAGUGUCUAUAAGUUCAGAGAGAGCUAAAGUUCUUGUGUGACUCACAGUGUGUGACUUCACCUCAUUGAUGCAGCCACCGACCUGCAGGAUUAGACUGAAGUCACAGAGCAGAGCACUGACUGUAUAGAGAUGAACCACAAAUCCCUACUGACGAACACAGGCCAGUGUGACAGCAGCGCAGCGGCUCAGGGGAGCGGUAGCUGUAAUGGGAUGACGGCUGCUACUGACACUUGAUGUAAUGUCAGAACGUGCAGUUUACUUACAGCUAAAAAGUCAACGGAAAAAUUACAGUAAGUCAAGUUAAACCAUCAAACCCUCAGACUCUGUGUCGUCAACAAGAAACUUUGCCUUCAUAAUCUGCUAUAAAAAAAGAGACAUCCUCCUGACUACUGUGCGUCUGCCGUCCUCCAGAUAAACAUGUACAUUUACAAAUGCUUUAGCUGUUAUUAAGGCCUCUGUUUGAUUACAGUAGAAUGGUUGGCUGUGUUUUUAUGAAGCAGAGAGAAGACAAUCACCUCUUAGUGUGUCAAAGUAUUUAUGCUGUUUUUUUUUGCACUGUGAGCCUUUUCAGGAACACAUUAAUCCUGAAAUCUUCUCAUACAGGAGGUUUUAUUGGCAGGUUUUUAAACAUCAACAUCAAACAAAAGUGAGAAAUGGCCCCUGACACUCCAGGUCAUAUGUUUUUGUUUAUUUUAAGAAUUUUAAAUUUUUCCUGAAAACUGAAUGAAUUUUACACAGUGAGAAACUUUAAGAUAUUCUUCGGUCCCUAAAACAAAAUAUUAAAAAUAAAAAAAUAAAAUUUUUAAAGAUGUCUGAACUUUCAGCAGUAUGUGUAUCAAACUGUGUAGACUGUCGGGUUUAAAAUUUGUAAUGUCUUUUUAUUUGUGAAUCACAUAAUUUUAACCUGUGGAAGACACAUUAAUUUAUAAUAAAGUGCU